AGGACAUGGCGCGGCCGCUCAAGCAGUGGCUCUACAAGCACCGCGACAACCCCUACCCCACCAAGACCGAGAAGAUCCUGCUGGCGCUCGGCUCCCAGAUGACCCUGGUGCAGGUAUCAAACUGGUUUGCUAAUGCAAGACGUCGCCUUAAGAAUACUGUCCGGCAGCCAGAUCUCAGCUGGGCUUUACGAAUAAAAUUGUACAACAAAUACGUUCAAGGAAAUGCUGAAAGACUUAGUGUCAGCAGUGAUGAUUCAUGUUCUGAAGAUGGGGAAAAUCCUCCGAGAAACCAUAUGAAUGAAGGGGGAUAUAACAAACCAGUUCAUCACACUGUGAUUAAAACUGAGAGUUCUGUAAUAAAAACAGGAGUGAGACCAGAGACAAGUGCCAGUGAGGAUUAUGUGUCACCCCCCAAAUACAAAAGCAGCUUAUUGAAUCGUUACCUAAAUGACUCAUUGAGGCAUGUCAUGGCCACUAAUGCAGCUAUGAUGGAAAAAACAAGACAAAGGAAUCAUUCUGGUUCAUUUAGUUCCAAUGAAUUUGAAGAGGAAUUGGUGUCCCCGUCAUCAUCAGAAACUGAAGGCAAUUUUGUCUACCGGACAGGGAAUUUACGAUUUUCAUAUGGCCUGAUUCUGUGUCCUCUGUCACAAGAGGCUGAGUUUGCCAAAUUCACCCUGAAGGUUUUCAGCAUCCUGACCUCACAGAAAGAGAGGAUUCAGCACAUUAAACUUUGGACAAUGGACCUAGCAAGUGUGAAAGCUAACAGAAAAGGAACAAACAAAGAUGAAACAUACUGGAAGGAAAUCAAUGCGGCUAUGGCUCUAACAAACCUCGCGCAAGGAAAGGAUAAACUACAGGGAACUACCAGCUGCAUCAUUCAAAAGUCAUCACAUAUAUCAGAAGUAAAGACUGUUAAAGUGCCAUUAGUUCAACAAUUCUGAGAGAGUGGGGGUACCUUUUUGAGCCAAAUGGACAUUCCUAACAGCAUUGGUUUUCAGUAAAAUCAGACCCACAGAUGCAAAGCAAAUACUGAAAAUAGGUUCCUUUUAUGGUCAGUGGAAAAAAAAAGCUCCCUCAGACUCAGACUUUUUCAUUGUAUUAAAUAAAAUGUUCAAUUGCUUCUAUAAAAGGCAUGUAAAUUAUAAAAAAUCAGUUUUUAUCAAAAUAUUAACUUAUUUUAUGUUAAUCAAGUGUGCAUCACUGCAUUGCUAUAAUAAUAAGUGCCUUGCUUUAAAAAAUAAGCUAUAACGUGGGCAUAGUACAACACAAUUAUGCCUCAAAAUGACAUUGCCAUAAUACUUAAUCUUUGUAUAUUAUUCCAAGUGGGCUUGGCAGUCUAGGGCUAAACACAUUACUGCUGGAAGCCCUUGAGAAUUGCUGCAUAUUUGACUUAUACAAAUUGGUGACUGGUAAGUCUUAAUGAAAAUGUUACAUCUUUGAAAAAAAUCACAGUAUUAUAAAAGUUGUACAGUAAGUUUUUUCAAAGUGACAAUAAGGUUGUUAUGCAUGUUUCUUACCUGAAUCUGCAAUGUGUUUGAAUACCAAAAUCAUGACUUUGAAUAGUGCAAUACUGUAGAACCCACAUAGAUUUGGGAAAUAUAUUGAUCAUUUACAUCAAUUUAAAAGUACACCUACAAUUCACCAUUGCAUUCAUUUUAAAAAUCUAUAGUUAAAAGGCUGCAGCAAGACCCUGUGCAAAUUUAAAUUGGAUUUCAUACUUCUAAAUUUUUUCUGUUGACUUACUGAAUUUAUUAUAGGAGUAAUGAAAACUGAUUUCUCUUUGUACCAAACUAAAUCUAUCAUGCAAUUUUUAUUUGUAUUGGAGCUCAAUAAGAUUCUAUGAUAGAAAUUGUUAUAGCUUGACUAUGUCCAAAAUCCUUUUAUUUUGUACAUAUUGUAUCAAAUGAAGAGAGUUGAUUGACAAUUCACAUUGCAAUGAGAAAAAAGACAUAAUGAAAACUGUAUAUACUCAAAGUUAAAACUCAAAUUAGAACCAUAUGGAACACGACACUCUGAAAAAUUUGGGCAUUUACUUAUGAGAGGUUUUUAAGUGGAUACUAAACCAUGCGUUAAAAAUAACAUUCAGAGUUUCUAAACUUGACUGAUACUGAGUGAAAUAAUUAAUGUAAAACCAGAUUUAUUUUUUGGUGUACGAGUUUUUCUUGAAUCAUAUAACAAUAUUCUAAUGAGGUUUACAGUGCUUGAAUAAACAGUGGUAAAACCAAAUAUAAUUUAUACUGAAUCAGUUACAGAAAACUGGAAAAGAACUAAUUGUUAUGAAGGUUCAGAUGGUUUUUUUUGCCUGUGGGUAACCUAUUCAUUUUUUACUGCUAGCCUAUUUGGUGAGCCAAUAAUGAAUCUAGAUAUGACUUUGAUCCUGCUUCACUUGAAGUCAGUGAUAAAACUCCCUUACGCUUCAGUGGCUGCAGAAUUGGUAGAAAUAAUUUGUAAGUAUAGUCUAUUCCAGUUGCAUUAGUCAAGAUACAUAGCAAACAUCAACCUUGAUGUGACUUCUUAGGAUACUCCUUGAUGUAACAUAACAUAUUUUGGGUUUUAUUUAGUGUACAAUGAAAAUGAUUUGAUAUGAAAAUAUUUUGUACAUAUAUAUUUUUACUUUGUUUUCUAAAUUGCUGAUUUGCAUUGACAUAAAGUGCCAAGCUGGAAAUGUAUGUCAUGACUGUAUGAACAGUUGAAGUAUACUUUUUUAUUGACUUGCAUCAUUAUGUGUCUACAAUUCCAUGACAACGAUUUUUGAUAACUGAGUUUACUGGAUUUUGUCAUAAUAAUGUGAGUUUGUACCUAAGAAUGGAGAGUAAAUACUUCACUCUUGUUCAUACUAUUAUAAGUUAUUCUGGUAUUAAAUAUUUUGUGACAAUAAAUUGUCUUGUCAAAUUUUUCCGUUAGAUAUGUCCUCAGUGUUUUUAUUUGAAUAAAUGACAACAAUAUUUUUCAUGUUAAAAGAUUAUCAGUGACUUCUCUGGGAUAAAACUGGAGAAGUAAACCAUUGUAGAAAUACUUGUUCAUGCCUCUUUUUUUUAAAUGAUCAAAGCACAAAGAAUAACCUGUAAAACACAUCAAGUUGGUUUUACAUUUAACAAAUACUUGGCAUCAUUUUGUUACAAUUCUCUUUAAUUUAUUUUCUCUAUUGCUGCUUUUAAUGUUUUCUGAAAACACAAAUGCUAAUAAUGAGUGUUUUUAAAUAACAAGAAUCAUGAUCAAUGCUGAGCCAACAGCUAACGGAGACAAUUAUUUAUGAUGUAAGAAAAACAAACAUUAUUACUAUUGCUCUUCUUUGUUUUGACAUAUGUAACCAUUUUAAUAAAAGAAAUAAAUGCA